AUGACAACGAGCGACAAAAGGAAAAGAUUGUUCGAACACAUCUUAACAAUCGACGGAACCUUCUUUCCUUCUCUUCCUCUCUUUCUCACGCUCUCUUUUUUCUUUCUUUCUCUCUCUCUUUCUCUCUCUCUCUCUCUAUCUCUCUCUCUCUCUAUCUCUCUCUCUCUCUCAGUUGUUUUUAACGUCCAACAUUCUUUCUUUCCCUCUUUUUCUUUCUUUCUUUCUUUCUUUCUUUCUUUUCUGUCGUUCAUUUCUUUCGUUUUUGCUGUCUUUGUUUUCGCCCCUUCUUACUGUCGACUUUUCUUUUUCUUCUGUUUUCUUCUUUCUUCUUUUUAUCGUUUUUAUUUCUUCUUUCUUUCUUUCUUUUUUCUUUCUUUCUGUCUACUUUCUCUCUUCAUUUCUCUUUUUCUGCUUCUCAACGUCUUCUUUCUCUUUCUCACUUCCUUUCUCCUUCUGCUUCUCAACAUCAUCUUUCUCUUUCUCUGUUCCUUUCUCUUUCCGCUUCAUCCCCCUUUCUCUCUCUUUUUUUUUCUCUUUCUGCAUCCCUACCUCUUCUUCCCAUUUCUCUCUUCCUUUCUCUUUUUGCUUCUCGGCUGCUUCGUCCUCUUUCUCUCUUCCUUUCUCUUUCUGCUUCUAAACGUCUUUUCCCCCUUUUCUCUCUUCCUUUCUCUUUCUGCUUCUCAACGUCUUCUCCUUUCUUUCUUUCUCUUUCUGCUUCUUGGCUGCUUCAUCCCCCUCUCUCACUUCCUUUCUCCUUCUGCUUCUCAAAAUCAUCUUUCUCUUUCUCUGUUCCUUUCUCUUUCCGCUUCUCGGCGGGUUCAUCCCCCUUUCUCUCUCUUUUUUUUUUCUCUUUCUGCAUCCCAACCUCUUCUUCCCCUUUCUCUCUUCCUUUCUUUUUUUGCUUCUCGGCUGCUUCCUCCUCUUUCUCUCCUCGUUUCUCUUUCUGCUUCACAGCGGCUUCCUCCUCUUUCUCUCUUCCUUUUUCUGCUUCUCAACGUCUUCCCCCCACCUUCAUUUUCCCUUGCACUUACUGCUUCUCAGCGUCUUUUUCCUCUUUCUUUCCCCCAUUCUCUUUCUGCUUCUCAACGUCUUCUCCCCUUUUCUCUCUUCCUUUCUCUUUCUGCUUCUCAACAUCUUCUUCCCUUUUGCUGCUGUUUCUUCGUCUCAACGGCUUCUCCCCCUCUCUCUCUCAAUUUCUCUUUCUUCUUUUCGGCGGUUUCUUCCCUUUUUUCUCUUCCUUUCUCUUUCUGCUUCUCAAUAUCUUCUUUCCCUUUCUCUCUUCCUUUUUCUUUCUGCUUCUCAACAUCUUCUCCAUUCUUUCUUUCUCUUUCUGCUUCUCAACGUCUUCUCCUCCUUUCUUUCUUCCUUUCUCUUUCUGCUUCUCAACUUCUUUUCCCUUCUUUCUUCCUUUCUCUUUCUGCUUCUCAACGUUUUCUCCUCCUUUCUUUCUUCCGUUUUCUUUCUGUUUCUCAGCGUUUUCUCCUCCUUUCUUUCUUCCUUUCUCUUUCUGCUUCUCAACGUCUUCUCCUUUCUUUCUUCCUUUCUCUUUCUGCUUCUCAACGUCUUCUUUCUCUUUCUCUCUCCCUUUCUCUCUCUGCUCCUCGGCGGCUUCUUCCCCUUUAUCUCUCCCGUUCCUUUCCUGACCUCUCGUUUAGAGCAGUGGGUGGGGCAGUUGUUCCCUGUAAGAGAUCCGGUUUUCCGGUGAGAAUUCCAAUUCAUAACUUAACAAUCGACGGAACCCUCUCUCUCUCUCUCUCUCUCUCUCUCUCUCUCUCUCUCUCAGUUGUUCUUGCUCAUUUUUCUUUCUUUCUUUCUCUCAUUCUUUCUGUCGUUCUUUCUUUGUGUUAUUUAUUUAUUUCCGCCAUCUUUCUUUCUCUUUCCUUUGUUUUCUUUCUUUCUUUUCUGUUCUUCAUUUCUUUCGUUUUUGCUGUCUUUGUUUUCGCCCCUUCUUACAGUCGACUUUUCUUUUCUUUUUCUUCUGUUUUCUUACUUUCUUCUUUCUUACUUUCUUUUUUCUUUCUUUCUGUCUACAAUUUGCGGUAUUGUAUGAAACUACAAACUAACCCUGAUACAUAUGGCGACUUCUUCCCCUUUCUCUCUUCCUUUCUCUUUGUGUUUCUCGGUGGAUUCUUUUUCUUUCUCUAUCUAUUUCUCUUUCUUUUUCUCGGCAUCUGA